AUGUGGCUCAAAGACGAUUUGGAACGUUUUCAGUAUCUUUUGAGUUUACACUUAAUAAACACGAUCGCUUUUCUCGUACGCUUUAUUAUCAUAUGCGCUGAUAUAUCAUCAGCUAGUAGUGACGCAGAAGGCUAUUUGGUACCUAUAUUACUUUUGGAUUUAGGCGCAUCCGUUAUACUCCUAUUUUCAAAUAUUCUCUAUGUCUUACUGCGUUAUAUUGGUCCAAUUAUAUUCGAAACCGAUCGUAACAAAAUGCUAUGCUGUUCACAGUCGUUUGCCUGGCGUCUAGCGACUAUAACAUGUGUGCGAUGUGAUUGUCACCUAGAACAUCCUCAAACGAUUAUGUGUACUCGACUUUUUACCUUAGUCUUUUUUGAACUUUUGAAAUUUAUCGCAUUCGUACUUGCAUGUGCAUGCGCAAACCAGUAUGGGCCGCACGGAUUAGGAUAUUGCAUUGUAGCUGCUUUUUCAUUUGUACCAUCUAUUUUUACGCUAGUUGUUGAAUUUCUUCAUCUGUAUCGUUUGUGGUUGGAUUAUCGGCCAGAUUCAUCUGAAAAGAAGAAACCAACGUAUUGUUCCCGCCACCGAGGCUUUUUACCUAUGGCAAUGUUGAACGAUCAACAAACAAGUCAUUGGCAGCAGACCCAAUGCCCAAAGAAAGAUAAGUGUAAAUCGCGAAAUCUGUACCAUGUUCUUAUGUAUCAUUCGGGAAAUCAGCGUUAUCCACCAGAGAAAGCAACAGAAAAUCAGGAAGUGGUUGGUUUCCAUCAAACCGACCAUAAAGCAGCUUAUUCUAUUGCAAAGACAGGCUUUAAACCUUCGAAAAAAGGCAUGUUGGGACCAGGUGUAUAUUUUGCAACAUCGCUUGACCAUACAGAAUUUAAAGCUCAGCAAUAUGGUACGUACAUAUGCGCAAAAGUUGGUCUGGGUAAAACAUUUCGCACAAAAACAAGAAACCCAACAGUACCCACUGACUACGAUACAGUUUAUUUUGAACAUGAUCGGGGUGCAGAUGAGUUUUGUGUUCGCAAAGAGCAACAAAUCCAAUCAUGGAUAAUCGUCGUCGAUCAAGAUCCAAAUGAACGAGUAUUGAGGGAAGAUGCCGCACGGUCGGGUUCUGGCAACUUUGUUGAAGAUCGUUUGAAUGAAAAUGUGUACAAAGGAUGUUUUGCUAGUUUGUAA